CGAAAUAGUCGCGGAGAAGAAAAUCAAACAAGGAGCGGGGGCGUACUUGAGAAAAUUGGGAAGGAAGAAAAUCGACCGCAAAUAAGGAACAGGGUUCUUUCAACAUUAGGUCCUUCUCCUAAUUUCGAUGCCGAAUUUCUAAUAUUCAAGCUUUGAGGAAGAUUUUUUUCAUGGCGGAACCUGAUACAGACCUCAUAUCUGACGACAAAGCUUCUGCUCCGUCUUGUCAGGUUCCAUUUGGGCUUAUACAUUUUCGUUUUUUUCAUUUGGAUCAGUGACUGAUUCUUUCGUCUAAGGAUCUGAUAGAAUGAAGUUCGGCUCGAUUUUAUUUUAUUCUUCUGUUUAAUUUGAAGUGGAAUGUUUGUUCUAGUUGAUUGUUCUGUGCACUUGGUACUGUGUUUUCGGAGAUGGGUUUUGAUAUCCGAAGUUGAAAUUUGCUAUUUAGCCUGAAAAUUUUGGAUCUUUUGGAGUGAGUGGCGUGUCAUAGGGUUCUGCAUUUUGUGGUGGGUAAGGGAGUUUUGUUGGGUAUUUUGUGAAUAAGACCAUCGCCAUGGAUGGUCUUGGGGAAUCUUCUCAAUCUGGGUCUGGAGCUGUUAAUUCUCAAUCUUUGAAAAGUGGGGUUGUUCGUGAAGAUAAUAUGGUUGUGGAACAAGUUUCGCCUCUAAGAGGUGGUGGGAGGAAUACUAGUCCAUUGGGUAGAGCAGGAUCGAGGAACACUAGUCCUUCGAGACAGAAGGUUAUAAAGACCAAACCACGAGGAUUAGAUGAGGAAACAGUUACAACAUUUGGUAAAGCAGCUCAUCCAGAUGUUCAAAUGGAAGACAGUAUAUGGGCGAUGCUACCUGAAGAUUUGUUGAAUGAAAUCUUAGCUAGGGUUCCUCCAUUUUUAAUCUUUAGGCUUCGUUCUGUUUGUAAAAGGUGGAAUUCGAUACUUCAAGAUAGUAGUUUUCUUAAAUUUCACGCACAAGUGCCUUCACAUGGGCCUUGUCUUCUCACAUUUUGGAAGAAUUCUCAAACUCCCCAAUGCUCAGUCUUCAGCUUGCCGUUGAAAACAUGGUAUAAGAUUCCAUUCACAUUUUUGCCUCCUUGGGCAUUUUGGUUGGUUGGUUCAUCUGGUGGUCUUGUUUGUUUUUCUGGGCUUGAUGGGCUAACUUUCAAAACCUUGGUAUGCAAUCCACUCACACAAAAGUGGAGGGCAUUGCCAAAUAUGCAUCAUAAUCAGCAGAGGCAGCUAAUUUUGGUUGUUGAUCGGACUGACCGGUCAUUUAAAGUUGUAGCGACUAGUGAUAUUUAUGGUGAUAAGUCUCUACCCACUGAAGUUUAUGACUCAAAGCUGAACCAUUGGUCGCUUCACCAGACAAUGCCUGCAGUAAAUCUCUGCUCCUCAAAGAUGGCAUAUUGUGAUUCCAAGUUAUACUUGGAAGCUCUUUCUCCUCUUGGUCUAAUGAUGUAUCGGCUGGACACAGGCUAUUGGGAACAUAUUCCAGCCAGGUUCCCUCGUUCAUUAUUAGAUGGGUAUUUGGUUGCCGGUACACAGAAGCGUCUAUUCCUUGUUGGUAGGAUUGGUCUUUAUAGCACUCUUCAAAGCAUGAGAAUUUGGGAACUGGAUCAUGCAAAAAUUAUGUGGAUAGAGAUUAGUAGAAUGCCACCUAAAUAUUUUCGAGUUUUGUUGAGGUUAUCAGCAGAGAGAUUUGAGUGCUUUGGACAGGAUAAUCUGAUCUGUUUUACUUCUUGGAACCAAGGGAAGAGUCUUCUUUAUGAUGUGGAUAAAAAAGUUUGGUCUUGGAUUGCUGGCUGUGCUCUGCAGUCAUGUAACAGCCAGGUCUGUUUUUAUGAACCAAGAUUUGAUGCUUCUGUACUAUGAGCUGACUUUUUUUUUAAAUUUUCAGUGAAGAUUCUUUAUUACAUCCAUUCUUAUUUGAAGGCACAAUUUUUUGUAUGACUGCUACAUGUAUACAUCCAUGUAAAUCGUUACUUCACUUCGUGAUUACUGGGGCAUCAUUUAAGUGUCAUCUGCUGUUUUGCUUGACUAACUACAUGAUCAAACGCCUAUGAGACCAAUUUUGUUUGCAAGAUAUAGCAGUAGUAAGAAUAGUUUCAACCAAGACUUUCCGUACAUGGAUUUAAUGACACGCUAGCUUGAGCAUGUGAUAAACUGCAUUCAAGGAAGUUAUGUGGGUGACAUUUGGGAAGAAUGGAAGCCAAGUUUGUAUUUGCUGAUUCGUUGGUUCAGGUUCAGUCCAAGUUAUCACUAUGGCAAUUAGCUCCGUUGCUCCUGCAGUUGAAUCUGACAUAUAAUUGUGAGCUGAGUCAAUGAUGAUGAUCAAGAAUGUUAAUGCCAUUUGCCAGAACUCGGUUCUUGGUUACUAGCUGCUCAAAUCAAAUAUGGUGCUUCAAGAGGCUCUGAACAAUCUGAGCUCUCAGAUUAACUUCUAUGAUUGGAGUCAAAUACUGAAAUUGUUGUUUUGAUAAUUGCAUAUAUAUAUAUAGUUUUCAGAUCUUUUCUCUAAUGUAAAAAGAAUGAUUUGUAUCAUCUCUUCAGGACAUGAUAAAGAACAAUUUCUUCAAGUUUAAUCGGAAAUUCUUAUACUAAACCAGAAAUUUGCUCCUUGCGAUGUUCCUAAAUUUAGUGUUGGUUGGCUUCAAAAGUCUCAACUCUUGAGAUUUUUUCCUUUUGUUUCAACGUGAUUACUGUUUGAAUUCAUAUCGUCUAUGGAUCAAAGCUUGUCUUCUGAGAAGAAAUCCAGUAUUUCACCUGCAUGAACUACCCUCCUUUGGUUUUUCAAAUGGUGAAUCAUUUCAGAUUUCUUCAUCAGAUCUUUUCUAAAUACACCAGAUCCCUUACUCAGAGGUUCUGAUGGAGUUAUUUAAGAAGUUGAGCUCAAAGAAUAGGGUGUCAUUCACUUACUAAUGUGCCAAUUGGGCUGCAAGAUCAAGGUUAUUUUGCUUUCAAGGGUGCAAUAUCUAUAUAUCUAUAUCUAUAUCUAUAUAUAUAGAAGGCAAGGUUUUCCCCAGUUUGUGACAUUUUAGCCAUCUUUUCUUUCUAUUUCUUUCUCCGGUACUUUUACAUGAUGUUCAAAGCAAGAUAAGUUUCUUGGAACCUGCAGAUCUCUUUGGGUGAAAAACUAUUGAUUUUGCAGAGAACUUGGAUUAUUCAGCUUAUUUUUGCAUCAACUCCGCAGUAUUAUCUCAUGGAGAAAGCCAUUGAACUGUGGAUUAUUUAAGCUUAUACAGGAGAAUGAAGUAACCGGGUAUGGCACAAUAAAGCUCAAUGGGGUCAACAGUUCUAUAGGUUUUCUUUAUCAACUCCAUAGUUGGGAAGUCUCUUGCUCUCGCUAUUCAAGGCAUAUUUCGCAUUUUCACUGUCCUGCAGUUUUUAUGAAUCUGUUUGUUGCAGUUUCUUAAAGUGUCCACAACUUUUUAUAUAAGGUAAAAGCUGGCUUACAGGAACUAAAGAAAAGGCCUCAUGUUAACAAAGGCAGGAAAUUUUCUGUGGUGUUCAUGUACCAUGAGAACUGGUGGAAGUGGGCUAGGAGAAAAGGAAUCAUUUGAUCAUUUACCGACGAAAAGGGUUGAUAGAGAAGAGUGGCUGAUUGGAGUAAAGCCUUCAAAUGCCAUUGUUUGAGGAAGAGACUUAGACUGUAUAACACAUUUAGAGGUGGUGGGCCUAAGCAGCAGUACUCCUCCCCAACUCUCGUCCUUCAGGCCGACAAUGAAAAAUUCCACCCCGGGUAGACUUGGGAUUUGAUUAAACAAGCUUAAUGAAGCUCGGUAGGGUUAUCGCGGGCAAGCCGUAGUCAGAGAAGAAGGCAAGCAAAAGCAAGUAUCCGUCUUGUAGCUCACUAAAAGUACCCCAACAAAAAGCAAGAGUCCAAUAAUCUCAUCUAUGAGUACAGACUCCCAGCAAGCUUCUGUAGAUAGGCUUAUUACCAGAAAACAAAUGAAAGAGUGGGAACAUGAGUCUUUUAUUGUGUUGUAUUCCGCCCUUUCACAUCACAACAAACCUAGGGACUUUUUGAUAAAGGAUGGUGUACUUUUUCCAACAUAAAGAAAAUGGAGAAAAUCUCUUGUUUGACAA